AGAAAGCGAAUCGCCGCGGCCGCGGUCUUUGUGCGUGGAAGGCCCCGGGGCUGGGCUGCCAGCCGUUUCUGCAUCGCCGGCGCACGUGUGCCGGUGUUGCCUGCAUGAUUCGCCCCCGCGCGGCCGUGGUCGCAGGGUCGCGCCGGCGUUGCGUGCCUCUUCCGGCCGGCAUCGAGGCAAACCCAAAAGGGCCGGCGCUCCGGGUCGUGGAUGGCCUUGUGGCUCCGUUGCCUCUUGCCGAGUGCCGCCCGCGACCUCUACUCGCCCGGCGAGGGCGGGCAAGAAAUUACUAAAGCCGUAUUAAUUUAAUUUAGUUCGUGAGUGAUAGCAUAGCCGGGGUCUGGUGCGGCCGAGCAGACUGAAAAACGAUUUUCGCACUAGCGCGCCGGGUGGCGCAGCUAGUCGGCGAAACCCAUGCCGCCGCUGGCGCGCUUUGCCGGCUCCCG